UAAAGAUUACAAGGGAACCUAUUGCAUUACUUGAGUCACAUUUCACAAUAGAGUCCACGAGGAUACUAGGGUACAAUGUAUAAGACAAUAUUUCUUAUUUGUUUGUCAUUUUAUGUGGUGUUCGCCAAACACGAGCAAUAUGAAGGUUAUGCAGUGUACGAUGUAACAGUUACAACUAGGGAGCAAGGACUAUUCGUGAACCAGCUAGAAGAACAGCUUCAAAUCGACAUCCUGUCUUACGUCGGACCCGAUAGAACUGGACAAGUUCUUGUCCCAAAAGAUCGGCGGGAGCAAUUUCAAAAUGAACUAUUAAAUUCUGGGAUUGAGUUCAAUAUUGUAACUGAAAAUGUUGUUGAACAACUACGUCUUGAAGAUGAAAUGCUGGCCGCUGCAUCGAAAAAAAGUAACAAAUCUAGUAGGAUUGGUCUCUCUUUCGACACAAUUCACAGAUAUGAAGUUGUUGACCAAUAUCUAGUGGAUUUAGCCAACGAGUAUCCUGAUAUUGUCACCGUUGUAUCUGGUGGAAGAAGUUUUGAAGGCAGGGAUAUUAAAUACUUGAGAAUCUCCACAACCAACUUCCAGGAUAGAACUAAGCCCAUCGUGUACAUGCAGUCACUUCUACACGCUCGUGAAUGGGUUACCCUGCCUGCAACAUUAUAUGCCAUUGAAAAGCUAGUCAUCGAUGUAAUUGAGCAGGAUCUGCUGCAGGAUAUUGACUGGAUCAUAGUGCCUAUUGCCAACCCUGAUGGAUAUGAGUACACGCACACCAGUUCCCGAUUCUGGAGGAAGAACCGUGCCACCGGUUAUUCAGCUGGAAACGCCUGCAUCGGUGUUGACUUGAACCGUAACUUCAAUAUCCUCUGGGGAACAGCCUCUAGCAGCAACGUUUGCUCCGAAACAUUCCACGGCAGAGGUCCAUCUUCAGAGCCAGAAACGACUGUACUUCAAAACAUUGUUGGUCAGGACGCAUCUCGUGUGGAGCUCUUCCUCGACAUCCACAGUUUUGGAAGUUUGAUUUUGUACGGUUGGGGAACAGGAACACUACCACCAAAUGCUCUAGUCAUCAAUUAUGUUGGAGUUAUUAUGGCUCAAGCCAUUGACAAUGUUAAAUGGGCAUCCAAUGCUGAUUAUACCGUAGGUAAUACCUACUACGUAUUGUACGCUGCAUCUGGUAGCGCCAGUGAUUAUGGUUUGGGUAUUGGUGCACCUUUAUCCUACACUUAUGAACUGCCAGGAUACAGAGGUAGCAGUGGCUUGAACGGUUUCCUUGUUGACCCUGAUUUCAUUGAACAGGCUGGAUUUGAAACUUGGGAAGGUAUUAAAGUGGGAGCUAGAUACGCGAGAGACAAUUUUAGGAGGAGACAUGGUUAUUGAUUUAUAUUUAUAAAUGUAUGUCUUUUUAAUUUGUAUAUGACUUUAAUUGCAAAAUGUAAUUCAAUGCAAUAAUUUCAUUUUUAUUGAUUGUUAGAUGAUAUUUUGUCACACCGAAUUGAGACUUGUAUAGAUUUGCUUUUAUUAUUUGUUCCAUUUUAAUUCUAUUUGCGAGUAAAAAUUUGUAUAUUUUGUUUUGUUUCAUUCGUGUAAUAUUGUAGUGUCUUAAAGUUAUUACAUUUUUUUAUUAAAGCUGU